AUGACUGGUGAAGAGUCCAGCUCCGAAGAACUUCUCCCCGAGACGCAUCCGGACCGUCUGGGUCAAGUGCAGCGCAUGGCAGGUCGUACACCUUCGGCCCCCAUCUGCACGGAUGCUUCCGGACGCCAAGUCCCUGGACAGGGUCAGAGUGCCAGUGAGGAGCAGGGUGUGGAGUCGGACUCGGAACUGUUCGGGCACGAUCCGUUUGAAGCAGCUGCUGGGGUUUACGAGACUCCAGGGUCAGACGAGCCUUCGACUUCUGUGCCGGCGCCCCCAGUCUCUACUUCACCAGGGUCACCUUGCACAGAAGAGCCCUCGAGGCCCAUGGCUUCUGCGCCGGCACCCGCGCCAGGGUCACCUUGCACAGAAGAUCCCUCGAGGCCAAUGGCUUCUGCGCCGGCGCCCGCGCCAGGGACGCCUCUCACAGUGCCACCGCCUCAACAUGCUGGCCCUGCAGCGCCGCCUCCUGCAAAGGGGUCAAAAUCGGCGUCUUCGUCUUCCAGCUCAUCCUCGUCGUCCAAUUCUGAGCCAGGGUCAGAGGAGGUGACUGAAUUUCAGCAGCGUCUGGAAGGUAUGGUCAAGCACGCCCUUGCGAAGUACCUGCCAAAGGCUGUUGCGAAGGCCGCGGUCUUGGCCCAGCGCACGGUCCCAUCGUUGCAUUUAAAGUACAAUAAUUUUAAACUCGGCUGA